AUCAAGUGUGAUCGAACGGGAAUAAAGUACGCUCUGUCAUGCAGACAAGAGAAAAUAUGAUCAGGACGCUGACAUCCAUUGUUUUCACAACUUGACACAAUGCAUGGGCGUGCUUCCGGCUACUGGCGCGCAGUGCUUCUCUCGCUGGUCAUGUGCAAUCUGCUUCUGUGCAGUGGAUCUGUCAAACACCUGCAAAGUUGUCAUGUCGCCCAGCUGCAGUGUCAUUCAAGAAGCGGGUGUCACAUGGCACUCAAUAACUUCUUUAUUAACUGCCAUUCUGUUAUCAAAGGCGAGCAGGCUAACAAGUGCCCCAUAGAUUGCAAGCACGCGCUUGUAUCACUGCUGUCCACAGAAGACGAGGCAGGCUUGGCUUUCAUCAACUGUGACUGCAACAAAGGUGGCCUGUGUUCGGAGCGCAAGGAGCGAGUCAAAGUCUGCCAGCGGGAGGUCCUGGACUCUAUGCAUGUUCUGAGGGAAGAUUCACUUCCGGUUUCCUGCAACCUUGCACGAUGGAUCUGCGAGGCCGACACCUCAUGCCUGACAGCCCUGCAGUAUUACUAUGACCAUUGUUCUCGGCUGUUCAGCGGGUUGAAGUGCACGCCCAAAUGCCGGAAUAGCCUGGAGAUCUUAUCUCGCCAGCCCCAUGCCCGAAAACUGCGCUCCUGCACGUGCGAUGGGAGUGAAGAUUACAACUGUCAGGCGCUCAAACUAAACACCGAAACGAUGUGUUUUCAUUCAAAACAAAAGACAAAAGCAGACGCCAACUCGGUACUGGACUCGGAUAAUAUUUCUAAAGAUUUGGACGAGCAUCUAACCAAGAAAAAGUUAUCCGAACGUGAAAAGAUGAGAUCAAAGCGGAGAAAGAGAAGAAAUCGCGCUCUAAAAAACAUGAAGAAAGCGCAACGCGAGAAGAGACGUCAACAAAAGAAGCUAAAACAGGAAAAGAAAAAAAUGGCAGGGGUGAGUCCGACUCCUAGAACAGCCAAGAAAUCCUAAGUACAAGUAACAGCACGUGCUACUUCGGCGAAACAAUUCGGUGUUUUGAAUAUGCAUGAGGUUUAGUGUAAACAAAUACAUGUCAAGUGAUGCCAACGUUAAUUCAAUUGUCAACUUUUUGUCUGUCGUUAAUCUGCUAUUCUAAGCACAGUCAAUAUACUGGCAGACAGCGCACUGACAGAGAGCAGUGUCGAAACACAAUACAAAUAUAGUUUACAUAUUGGUUAUUUAACUUGAUGUAGCGGUUUAUUUUUGUGUAGAGCACGUUUUCAUUCUUGCAGCCUCGUGAAAAUGGGAUGGCAUUAAUUCUGCACACAGUGUCGUAUAUGGUAAACGGGUACAUGUGGCAUAAACUUACAUGCUUGACUGUAAGCUCAUGUUCUGCACGAACAACCAGCAUAAUACAAGGAAUGCAGGAGUGAUGAGCAAGGCCAGAGUCGCCAGGAUACUAUAGUGGUCAAACAGUCUACCUCACAAAAACUGUUGUUUUAUCAAUAGAUGGAGGGUGACUCGUAUAUAGGGAAAAAAAACAGUUGAUGGUUUUAAGUUGGGAGAAACCUGUAUAGUAUCCCAUAAUUCUGUCGUCUCGUUUGUUUGUAAAUCAUGUUAGCUCAGUGUGUUUUAAAUGCCGACAUACCUGCUUGGUUCUAAAGACUUUGUUUAGUGGCAUUAAAUAGCUUAGUAUUUAUUAUAAAAAA